GAGCUUUUUGAGCUCUUGUGCAGGACAUCACUAUUUUGAUCCCAUCGCCCGAAUUUACUACAAUAAGCACGAUGGCUUUAGAGGCUGCGUCUCGCAUGGCCUUGAGCGGACCAAUGCUCAGUAAGAGCAUGCGCGCUGCAGUCCCAUCAUCUCUGGCCACGCGAUCACUGACCCUGGCAAGAGCUUCAACCAUUUCGCAACAACGAAGACGACUCCAGACCUCCUCCCGAUCCCUCGCACCAAACACCGGCUUGCUGGGAAUCAACAGCUCCAAUGUUCCCUCCUCAUACUUCCAACGUCCUUCGUUACCCACCAAUACCAUCAUUCGCUUCGUACCCCAACAAACGGCAUGGAUCGUCGAGCGUAUGGGGAAGUUCAACCGGAUUCUCCAGCCAGGUCUUGCUAUUCUCUGGCCCUUCAUAGACCGGAUAGCAUACGUGAAGAGUUUAAAGGAGUCGGCUAUUGAGAUACCCAGCCAGAGCGCAAUUACGGCAGACAAUGUGACCUUGGAGCUUGACGGCGUGCUAUACACACGGGUCUUUGACGCCUACAAAGCGAGUUACGGAGUCGAAGAUGCAGAAUACGCCAUCUCUCAGCUCGCGCAGACCACCAUGCGUUCCGAAAUUGGUCAACUGACUCUCGACCACGUCCUGAAGGAGCGUGCAGCACUCAACACAAAUAUCACAGCAGCGAUCAAUGAAGCGGCUCAGGAAUGGGGCGUAGUCUGCCUCCGAUACGAGAUUAGAGAUAUCCAUGCGCCGGAUGAGGUGGUGACGGCAAUGCAUCGCCAAGUUACUGCAGAACGUCAGAAACGAGCCGAGAUCCUUGAUUCCGAAGGUCAACGGCAAUCAGCGAUCAAUAUUGCGGAGGGAAGAAAACAAAGUGUCAUUCUUGCCUCAGAGGCUUUAAGAAGUGAACAGAUCAACAUGGCGAGCGGACAAGCCGAAGCGAUCCUCUUGAAAGCUAAGGCUACAGCUGCCGGUAUCGAUGCUGUAGCACGAGCUAUUGCCCAGGGAGAAGAGAGUGCACAGAAUGCAGUCAGCUUGACUAUUGCCGAAAAGUACGUUGAUGCGUUCGCCAAGCUGGCUAAGGAAGGCACAUCUGUUGUGGUACCGGGCAAUGUGGGGGAUAUUGGCAGCAUGAUUGCAAGUGCAAUGGCUGUGUACAGCAAGGUGGGAGAGGCUCAGAAAAAGACCAUAGCAGCGAAGGUGCUGGAGGCGAAGAGCCACCAGCAAGAGGCAGAUGGACAGACCUCGGAGACCGAGCACCCGGCCGAUGAGAUGAAGAGGAGUAUGCUUAAUGCAUUUGAGAACACUACGCAGCAGAAGUGAGGAAAGAAGAUAAAGUUGACCAGAUGCUGGAAUGUAUACUUAAGUUGAGGU